CGGAAAAGAACAGAAGAGCAAAACGGUGUCGUUUUGCUGACGUGGAUGAUUCCCUGCCGCAACCGGCUAAUACCGGUACUCCCCAUUUCCCGAAAACGAAAUUGUUAGAAAAGAAACGAAACUGGGUGAAACGGUCUCCGAUUGGCUACUACGCUUUAUCUCUCUUCAACUAUUUCUCACUACUUUCUCUCUCUAAAUUGCUCCUCCGCGUUAUAAAUACGAGCUUUCGAGCUCACGCUAAAAUUUUUCCCCUCUCUGUUUCCCUUCACUCUCUUCUUCUAAAUCUCCGGCAACCAUUUCCCGGCGAAAUCGCCGGACAAUCACCGUUAUUGCCACCGGAAAAUCUCGCUCCGCCGCCGCCACACCUCGCUUCUCCCUCAGCUUUUCGUUUUCUCAACAUUCUUGUUUGGUUGUAGAUAAUUUCUAUUUCUGUAUAAUAUCAUUUGGCCGUUGUUGGGGAAGUAGAGAAAAUGGACGGGCAUAUUGGACUAAAGAAAAUCGGCUCUCAUGCCUCCAUCUCUGAGAUAGAUGAUUUUGAUCUCUCACGUCUCCUUGACAAGCCAAGGUUGAAUAUUGAAAGGCAGAGAUCAUUCGAUGAGAGGUCGCUUAGCGAGCUGUCUAUUGGUUUGGCGAGAGGGGGCAUGGAUAACUAUGACACUUACUCGCCUGGGGUAAGAUCUGGUUUUGACACGCCAGCCUCUUCAACACGGAAUUCCUUUGAGCCUCAUCCCAUGGUUGCUGACGCCUGGGAAUCCCUCCGGAGGUCUCUAGUCCAUUUCAGAGGCCAACCUGUUGGCACAAUUGCAGCUGUUGAUCAUCAAGCGGAGGAGGUUCUGAACUAUGAUCAGGUCUUUGUUCGAGAUUUUGUGCCAAGCGCUUUAGCCUUUCUGAUGAAUGGUGAACCAGAUAUUGUUAAGAACUUUUUGCUGAAGACCUUGCAUCUUCAGGGGUGGGAAAAAAGAGUAGAUCGAUUUAAGCUUGGUGAAGGUGUAAUGCCAGCUAGUUUCAAAGUCCUUCAUGAUCCUGUUAGGAAAACAGAUACUCUUAUUGCAGAUUUUGGUGAAAGUGCAAUCGGUAGAGUUGCUCCUGUUGACUCUGGAUUCUGGUGGAUUAUCUUGCUUCGUGCAUACACAAAGUCUACUGGGGAUUUAUCUCUGGCUGAAUCACCGGAUUGUCAAAAGGGAAUGAAGCUUAUAUUGACUCUAUGCCUGUCUGAGGGUUUUGAUACCUUCCCAACUCUGCUUUGUGCUGACGGAUGUUGCAUGAUUGAUCGAAGAAUGGGCAUUUAUGGGUAUCCUAUAGAGAUUCAAGCACUUUUCUUCAUGGCACUGCGAUGUGCUUUAUCAAUGCUCAAACAAGACGAUGCAGAAGGAAAAGAAUGUGUAGAACGCAUUGUGAAGCGUUUGCAUGCUUUAAGUUAUCACAUGCGGAGUUACUUUUGGCUUGAUUUCCAACAACUAAAUGAUAUCUAUCGGUAUAAGACUGAGGAAUACUCACAUACUGCCGUCAACAAGUUCAACGUUAUUCCUGACUCAAUCCCAGAGUGGGUAUUUGACUUUAUGCCAACCCGUGGAGGCUACUUUAUUGGAAAUGUCAGUCCAGCCCGGAUGGAUUUUCGAUGGUUUGCUUUAGGCAAUUGUGUUGCAAUUCUAUCUUCUCUAGCUACUCCAGAGCAAUCAAUGGCUAUCAUGGAUCUUAUUGAAGCUCGUUGGGAUGAGUUGGUUGGGGAAAUGCCCCUAAAAAUAUCUUAUCCUGCAAUAGAGAGCCAUGAGUGGCGAAUUGUUACUGGUUGUGAUCCAAAAAAUACCAGAUGGAGUUACCAUAAUGGAGGAUCUUGGCCAGUGCUCCUGUGGCUAGUAACAGCAGCUUGCAUUAAAACAGGGCGACCUCAAAUAGCAAGACGUGCAAUUGAGCUUGCUGAGAGUCGUUUGCUGAAGGAUGGGUGGCCGGAAUACUAUGAUGGUAAACUCGGGAGAUAUAUUGGGAAACAGGCAAGAAAAUAUCAAACAUGGUCUAUUGCAGGUUAUCUUGUAGCAAAGAUGAUGCUGGAGGACCCAUCACACUUGGGUAUGAUUUCUCUUGAAGAAGACAAGCAGAUGAAGCCAGUGAUUAAAAGAUCAUCUUCUUGGACCUGCUAAAAAGACAAGACGAUAGAUAAAUAGUACAAAGAAAAAAAAGAAUAGACACUUAGAAGGUGAGAGAUAUUAUUCUUUCAAAUAUACAUCACUAUUCUUGGCAAUUUCCUUUCUCGUAGGCUUGAUUAAAAGUUUGGCUUGUGUAAAAUAGUUGUUGAUGAGACUGGGCAUCAUGCUCUUUCCAAAUAAGAUAAAGACACUCUCAUUUCAUUUGCUAA